GUGCGGCCCUCGGGCGGUCGUUUCCAGCGCCCGGCGCCGCCGCGUGGCGGGUCCUGAUCACCUCCUCCUCUCCUUCCCGGACCCGAGGACACCCCGAGGACGCGGCGCAGGAUCUGGGAACGCACACUUGGGAGGAAAGGGGCCGCGGUGGACCGAUCCUCCAGGAAAAAGAGGACUGAGCACAUGAAGCGAAUCCUUUGGGCAGAGCCUUCUCUACCUCCGCCCUAGCAUCGCCCAAAAGAGAGGCCUGGACUAGGGCCGAGGAAGGCUGGCGAUUAGACUCUGGGAAGAACUUCCGCUCCGCGAGUCAGCAGCGCGGUCUUAGCCCGAGGCCCCGGGGAGCGGCAUGAGCAGCGCCCCCGCACCGGGCCCAGCGCCCGCCAGCCUCACGCUCUGGGACGAGGAGGACUUCCAGGGCCGUCGCUGUCGGCUGCUGAGCGACUGUGCGAACGUCUGCGAGGGCGGAGGCCUGCGCAGGGUGCGCUCGGUCAAGGUGGAAAACGGCGUUUGGGUGGCCUUUGAGUACCCUGACUUCCAGGGACAGCAGUUCAUUCUGGAGAAGGGAGACUAUCCUCGCUGGAGCGCCUGGAGUGGCAGCAGCAGCCACAACAGCAACCAGCUGCUGUCCUUCAGGCCAGUGCUCUGCGCGAACCACAGUGACAGCCGUGUGACACUGUUUGAGGGGGACAACUUCCAAGGUUGCAAGUUUGACCUCAUUGAUGACUACCCAUCCCUGCCCUCCAUGGGCUGGGCCAGCAAGGAUGUGGGUUCCCUCAAAGUCAGCUCUGGAGCGUGGGUGGCCUACCAGUACCCAGGCUACCGAGGCUACCAAUAUGUGUUGGAGCGAGACCGGCACAGCGGAGAGUUCCGUACCUACAGUGAGUUCGGCACACAGGCCCACACUGGGCAGCUUCAGUCCAUCCGGAGAGUCCAGCACUAGGAUCCAUGGCCCCAGACACCUUCCCUGAAGACCCUCAAUAAAGGUUCCUGAAUCUUCCUGCC